AAGAGACUAAAAGACGGUGAGGGCGAAGAAGCUGGAGUGAGUCUUGCGGCUGUCACCCCAGAUGACUCGGCUCUAGCCCCAGCCACAGCGCCAGACACCUCAGUGAUAGCAGAUGUAUCCACGCUCAAUCAGGAACCAGAAUUAGAUGUUGAUAGAAGCGAUCAGGUGGAUGUAGAAGCAUCACAGGUUGAUGAAGAGCUAAUUCAAAAUCUGACCCAGCAAACACCAUCUCAGUGGAUGGAUGUGAGUGACGUGGACCUUUUGAAUGUGAUGGCGGGGUUGGCAGACGGCUCCCAGAUAGUAUCGCCGGACGACAAUGAUGCCAUUCUGUCCACCCAGAGACCCUCAGGUUCCUGUGCAACUAAUGAAGUUACCAUUCAAAACCAUCCGAGCGAGGGCAGAGAAGAUGAAGAGGAAAGUGAUGAGGAAGAGACAAGACACAUGACUCAGCGUAUAUGGGAUUCCAUUUUGCCAGCAAAGGAGGAAGAAGAGGAGGAGAAAGAGAAAGAAAGAGAGGAUGAGGAAGGAGAGAUUAAUGAUAGUCAAAAGUCUUCCACCCACGAGGAUUCUUUAAGGGACCAGUCUCUUCUAAGGGAAGACAAGGACAUAGAGGACUUAGUGGAAGGUCCUGGCUGUAGUUUACCGCAGUUGGAUGGGGCAAUCGACUGUGUUCGUCUGCCGAAGUCCGAGGCGAGAACUAAGGAAUGUGCAUUGCGAGAAACCUUUGUGCCUUCAGGUAGUGCCCAAACUGUAGAAAGAAAUACUGUGAUAAUGAAUAUAGCUCAAAACUGUGAUUCAAAAGUUUUAAGUAAACACUGUGACAAUUUUUUGUCGGGAAAUAAGCAAAAAUGUGAUAGGGAAAAGAGUGAAAGCAAAGAGGCUAUAUCACUGAAGAGAAAAAGUUUACCAAGAACUAAGGAAGUUUAUAGUAAGAAAAAGAUUGAAAGGAAAUUAAGUUCAGAAACCAGUGAUGAAGAAGUCUUUACUAUCCCUCAGUUCGAUGGUGCAAAUGACAUAGUGUUUCACAGUCGAAAGCAAAAAACUUCUAGUAAUUCUAGUGCUCAGCAUACAGGGCAAGGGAGCUUGAGUCAAAGACCCUCCUUACCUCAGAUGCAGUAUACGUCUAACUCAAAAUCAAUCACCGCACGCGAGGCAAUCCGAGAAAACAUAUUGAAAAAGAAACGAGGUGAGGUAUCUCAGGUUGUGCACCCCACUCAGCAUCGCAGGCAAGAUCCCCAGGUACCACAGCAAAGACAGCGCUGUAACUCGCAACCUGUGCCUUACCCUUCAGCUCCCCAGGCUCCAGUGCCUUCAUCACAUAAUAACAGAGUACCUGCUAGUAUGUCAAGUUCAGUUCCUUCAGACAUAAACAUGGACAGGAUGCUAGGAAGGAGAAUGGAAACAUCAUCAAACAUGGCAUCUGGACAGUUUAUGCAAUCUAGCACAGCAGCCAGAGAAGAAAAUUACUCAAGAUCAAAUGCUAGAAAUCAGUUUUCUAUGAAAACUGAUAGCAUGGGUCAUACUGAUAGAAGAGAAGGAAACAUUGCUUCAGGAGUGAGUCAGGGCUUCCAGAGAGUAUCUCAGUCACAGGAGAGAAGCAAAUCAUCCAAGAAAAACAGGAAGGGACAGAGAUCAGAAUUCAGAGAUCCUACUGUGCCUUCUCAUGUUAGUUCCAAGACCUCAGAUUCUAUGGGUAUGGCUGGUCCUAUUAACAUAACACCUAUUGCGAGUGGGAUGCCACAGGAAUUUCCAGGCAUUGGAAAAGCUCUUGUUGUACCAGCACUAGUAACGAACAAAAGAGUGAAUGUUACUAAUUCACAUGUAAUGCUGUCACCCAAUAUGGUUAUGCAGAAUUCUGGAAAUGUCAUCUUUAACCAGUCUUCUUUUGAAAGUGGAAACAGUCAACAGUCACCCAGUGUAAUGAUGGUCCAGCCUACUAUUGAACAUGAGAACAGUGGGGGAAGAAGGCAUGCUCAAAUGAAUAAUCCCUUGAGGCACACAACAGAAAGCUCAGACAGAUCCACCUCAAAAAGUGCGUCUUCAAGCAGUGGUUCAUUCAGACCAUCCCGUAGUAGCAAGUAUGCAGAAGGUGGGCAUCAAGGUUUUUCUGGCAGUAAUCUUGCAGGUGCUCCUGGACCCUUAAAAAGCAUAAUGCGACAGCAUUCUGACCAAUCUGUUUAUUCUCCAAUAUCUGAUGAAUCAGACAUUGAAAUUUCUAGUACAAAAAAUGCAGUGGCACCUAAAAGUUCUGAAAGUGCAGCAGAAAAGAGCAGUAAACAAUCUGACAUCCUCCAGCAAGCUCUCCAAGCUCUGGACAUGUCUCUGGACAUUGAUAUUGAACCAAUGGAUAGUGAAAAUUAUAAUGUCCAGAAAGAAUCUCUAAGUGCGACAGCAUCGCAGUCCAGACCUUCACCUGUUGGAAGACACAGUCGUACAUCAAAUCAAAACCAGCAGUCUGUGUCUCACAGUAUGUUAGAUCCUGCAAAAUCGAGUGGUGCUGAAGGGUCCAGCAGUAGAUUUGAGAACAGCAAGUGGUCGAGCCAGGAAAGUGAGAGGAGUAGAUCUCAUCACUCUAAGACAAAUCAGUCAAAGUCAACCACCCAUGGAGAACAUUCGUCAUAUGCGAGAGAAAUGGAAGGAAGGCAUUUGAGUCAGAAGGCCAGAGGAAAGCCUUCUAAAUCAGAAGUACAGAGUGUUAAGAGGUCUGAGAGGGAGGCCAAAGCAGCUCCCACUGGGCAGACCCUUAGAACAAAUGAGGUAAGUGACUCCUCCUCCAGUUCCAGCCACUCUGAAAGUGGUUCAGAGAGGCAAGGUGGCAGCGACUCCUCCAGGUCUUCCUCCCCGGAGUCUGGCAUUAGAACACAGAAGUUGCAGGCGGUCAGGGAGAGACACAUGACUACCCCAAUUACUCAGUCAAGGAGGUUCUCUCGGGUUGCCAGUACUGAUGUGUUUGAUAUGGAUUAUGAUAUGACUCCACAGACUCCAGGUAGUGACCUCCCAGUUCAUGAUCCAGUUACCAAUCCAGCUGCUGGUGUUUUGAAUCAGGUGCCCAAAUCCCAAAAGAAUAAACCAUCUCAUGCAGCAACAUCUUCAAAAAAGUCUGAAUCUGCAGUGCCCCAUAGGAAAAUGUCCGACUGUGAUAAUCCUGACUGGUUCAACUUUGAUUGUCCGCCUACACCAGGGGAUCCAGUCAGCAGCAAGCAUGGCUUCUCAGAGCCUAGUUCUCUUGUACAAAAGACUGAUGCCAAAAAGGUAAAUAAUCGCCAGACUUCAGCAAAGGCCCAGUCGUCAUCUGGUGAAACUGCUCAAGCAUCUAAUGGAAGUUCAGAAUCAAAACGGAAAUCCAAGAGAAAGAUGGCUCGGUUGUUUGGGUCUUUUUCCCCUCCAGCCUCUUCUUCUGGGUCUACUCCAACACAGGAGGAGGGGUUGCAAGUAACAAACAUCAAACCUGUCAAUGUAGAGCCAUUUGUUGAUACGUUUGAUUCUGAUGAUAAUAAGACCCCAGAGCGUCCACAGACACCAGGAAGGGAAGUUAGGGAUGACCACACCUUUCGCACUCCAUCAUCAUCCCAAAAACAACAUUCACAUGACUAUAUUUAUGAUUAUUAUAUGAAUAACUUCCCAGAAAGACCUCUGACACCAGGAGGGAAUCAUGAAGUACAGAACAUUUUUUCUAAUGAUUCAGGAGAUGAUGCUGCAAGAAAUCCGUACCAGCAGUUUGAAUCUAUUUUUGACCCAGAUCUCAUGGCCAGUAGCUUGCCAGAGAGACCAAGAACUCCUGGUGGUGGAUCAAGUCCAACUUCAAUGUGCCAGUCACUUUCACAGCCGUCUGAUAUUUCCUCUUUGUAUCUACCAGAUCAACAGUUUAAGUCCCCCAGUCAUGCUCGAAUGAAUUUAUUUCCUGCAUCACCUGUUCCAGUGGAACCUGAGCCUGUUGUGAAGGAGUCUCCCAAAACUCAAAGAUUUCCAUCAAAAUCUAACCUUCCAAAACAUUCCAGCCAGCCAUCUCAUUCUUCUCAUAACCAUCCACCUUCAGAUAGAAAAGAGCAUGAGAAAAAAGAAAACUACUCUACUCUUGAGAGUGGGCUUUCCCCCAAAGGCACACAAUUUUCUUCAAGAAAUCGAGCAAGCAAGGAAGAGAAGAAGGCCUUGCAGUUGUCGAAGAGUGCAGCAAAAAGUAUGGACUCAUCCCCCUUUAUUGGCAUUGGAAAAGUUCCUGCACCACUGAGUCCACUUAGAGAACCCCACACUUCAAAGAGUAAAGUUGAGGUAGAAUCACGAAGCAGGUAUCCAUCAGAACAAAAGAGACAAGCUAGACAAAAUGUACAUGGGCGUGCUGGUGGGGAAGUAGAAACGAUUUCUGAACAGCAGAAUAUUUCCCACUUAAAGAAGGGUGAGGAAGAAGUAGGUCAUGGGAUGGAGUAUGAAGAGAUGCAAAAAUCAAAAAAGUCAAAGACACACUUAGAAAGCAUGAAGCACAGAGGAAGGUCUGCAAUGCAUCAUUCUUUUUCUGAGGUGUUAGAGGAUCCAGAUUCUCGAAGAAAGAACCAGCCUUUUCAGAACACAGCUUUAGAGGGAGAGGCAGUUGCUGAUAGAAUGCAGGGAAAUGUUUUGAGAUCAGAAGGAACCCACAGGCCUUCCAAUCAGCAAGCAGCAUCACUUGCUUCUAGGAAGGAUAGGGGCAAUAUCCCCCGUCCUUCUUCUCAGGCGGGGAGUCAUUUCCAUGCGCCACAAGGGAGUCAUCAGCAUCAUCCUGAUUCACGCUCUCCUCCAAGAAGUCGUUACCAACAACACAUGGACAGCAGGCAUGCACAGCAUGGAAACAGAUUCAGGCAGUCUGGAUCUGGAAGUAGAGGACCAUCUGCAGAAAAUUUGCCACAACAAUCAAAUACUACAGAAAUUUCUCCUGGUAGACAUAGGCCUAAAUUUUCACAAGGGAACAGGCAACAGGUGUCUCCAGGCAAUAAACCAGGGCCUCCACAAGCCAACAGAUCUAUGUCUGGGAACCGACAACCACCACCACAAUUAGAACGAUCACAAAUUUCCUCAAGUAAUAGGGCUCAGUCUUCACAAGGGAGUAAAUCUCUGGUGUCUCCAAAUAACAAGCAACAGUUUUUGCAGGGAAAACGACAACAAAUGGCACCUGGGAACCAGAGACAUCUACAACAGGACACACAUUCCCAAGCUACCAGUCAUAUGCAGUCAUCUAGUAGCAGAUGGUCAAAGCCACACAAUUAUAACAAAGCAGUGGAAACAAGUAGCCAACAGGAUACAGAAGAAAUAGAUUUUUCCCCACACCCUGAUGUUUCAAGUCAACAAGGAAAGAAAGCGCAUAGAAUAGAAGGCCACUUUGUACCACCACAAAGAUUGAGGCAAGGACAAGAUAUUAGUACAAAAGACAACACAAAAAGUGGAUGGAACAAAACAGAAAACAGCAGUGGGUUUAAAUCAGGAAGGCCGAUGGAACGCAAUGAACCUCAGCCUUUCCGUCGUGAAAAGUCUGCAGGUGAAGAAAUGACUAAAAUGAGAAGUUUGAAAUCAAUUCCUUCAUUAGCUUCAACAUUUUGUAAAGCAAAGGCUCCAGGGAGAGAGACAAAUCCUCAGUCUCAGGGAUUUCCCCAUAAGGAAGCCAGUGGGUUCACAAACAUUACUGAGAGAAGAGAGGAAAAGAAAGAUGGUAGAGAUAUUCUUGAUCAUGAUGACUUCAACUUACCAUUCAUUGAUACAUCAUUACCUCUCAUGAGUCCUAUACCUUGCACACCAGCUGCACACAGAGAUGACUUCUGCUCAGUUUCUGAUACUGGCAAUAAUGCAUUCCCUCUUAUGGAUUCUAUUCAACCUCCAAUGAGUCCAAUGGCCCCCACCCCUCGCCAUCAGCCGCAUGAAGACAUAAAUUUGCGCUUACAGCCUUUGAGUCCAGUUGAACCCAUUGUUAAUCUUUCAGCCUCCAUGACACCUCAGAGUAGUGCACCCUUUAUCUUACCCUCAGCUCCUGGUCCAGUGAUGAGUCCAAUCCCACCGACCCCAGUACGCACUACCUCCCCAGUUCGCAUGAGUCCCAUGCCUGUGUAUCCUUCAAUGUUAGGCCCGAUUGUAAGCCCAAUUGCCAACACACCAACACACAGCAUUGGAGAGAGCUUUUCCAUACUGAGUCCUGUGCCCAGUACUGAAGACAUGUCAUCCCAUCAUGCACAUCCAUUUGGUAGCUUAAGAGAGGCUGCAGAACAUUUUACUGUUCAAGUAGCCAUGAGUCCAAUGCCUCAGACACCUGCUCAUAUUGCUCAGAUGCCCCAGCAGCUUCCUUUAGGUAAAAACCCAACAUCAACAGCUCAGACGCCAGCCAUGAGCCCAAUUCCUCCAACACCUGCAUAUUCUGAAACGGAUGAUUUUUCCCUUCCUCCCAUGAUGAGCCCCAUGCCAGUUUAUCCGUCAGUUGGACCGCUUGUAAGUCCAAUGCCUCACACACCAAGCCAUUAUGGAGUUGAGAGUAAUGAACCACCAAUGAUGAGUCCACUCCCCAGUCUGCCCAGUGCCCCUGGUCCUGUCAUGAGCCCCUUGCCACAGACGCCAUCCUAUGCACCUCAACCCUAUGUAUCUCAGUCACCUUUAUACAUGCCAUAUACACCUCAUGCACAUGCUCCACAGACACCCCUUCAUACACCAGAGGCAUCAGUUCACACCCCUGAAACUUCUGUUCCUUCUGUACUUGAUACAACCAGCACCCAAGCAAUAGCUUCUAGUCCGACAGUACAAUCAGAAUCUUCAGCACAACAAACCAGUACUUCACCUAUUCAUGCUACAGAGUCACACAAACAAAAAUUGCCAAGUUUGCAACAGUCACCUGAAGAUAGAUCGCAGUUUGAUGAAGACAGCCACCUUAAGUCAGGAACACUGGCACAUCCUCAGGAUUCAAAGACAUUUCCGAGUAAUACCCAGGCUAUUACAGGAUCUCAGACUCCAGUCACACCUCACCCUCCUCACUCUGUAUCUCCACUUCAUGGACCUAUGACUCCACUUCAUCCACCCAUGACUCCUCUUCAUGGACCCAUGACUCCUCUUCAUGGACCCAUGACUCCUCUUCAUGGACCCAUGACUCCUAAUCAGGGACCCACGACUCCACUUCAUGCGCCCAUGACUCCACUUCAUGCACCCAUGACUCCUCUUCAGCCACCCAUUACACCACUUCAGGCACCUUUAACACCUAUAUCAUCUGCACAGACACCUCAUACAACUCCAGUAACCUCAGAUUCUUUACAGUCACAAGAACACACCCUACAUAAAGCAUCACAAGCUCUUGAGGGUAAGAGUUCAUUUUCUCUGAAAAGUCCGAGUGAGUCCAUAGGUUAUGAUGGACAAUAUAGUCCUAUGCCAGUCCUUCCCUCUGUACCUGGUCCAGUGAUGAGCCCCAUGCCACAAACACCUGUACAUAUACCACAGACACCUCCAAGCGUUAGCAGCAUUAUUUUACAGAGUGGAAGGCAAAGUGUGAAUUUGACAGAUGCUGAUAGGAAGUCUCCCACUUGCACAUUGCCAGUCACUCCAAAAAAUUCAGAGGCAUUAUCUCCUUGUUUAGAAGGGGUGAUGGAUCCAGGCAUUAAUACUUCAAAGGCAAUGAUAAAUCAAGGGGUGAGCAAUUUUAGUGUUGCAUAUAGUGCAAGUGAUCAAUCAGGAGUGGCCAAGGUUGGGUCACCAUCAGUUUUUGCAACAGAAUCUGUGGCUACAACUGCUUUGAACUCACCAAGUGAAGGUAAAGAUAUGAUGUCCUCUAUCUCUACUGAACCCUCUGCAACCUUAACCUCCAGUAAUAGUAACACUACCUCAGCAAUAAAUUCCUUGUCCUUGUCAGGAGAUGGGAAUAUUUUGAAGAGCUUAACCUCAUCGUUAGAUGAUACUAUGCUGACAAAGACAGCAACACUUACACAAGGUGCAUCAGAUGCCUUGAAUUACAGUCCAGCAUAUCCGUCUUGUGUUACAACACACACUACUGUCACAACUCCAGCAGAAACAUUGACAGUAUCAGCAGGCACACCAUCUUCAGUGGCUAUGACUGUUCAAUCUGGGAGUGUAAAAGAUCUCAAUUCUUGUGGAGCUGAGUAUCAUCAACAAAUGCCUGUAACAUCUGUUUCAUCAGCUUUAAAUAAUUCCCAGUCUGUAAUUUCACAAACACCCUCUGUAACUUGGUCUAAUCUCCCAACUUGUUCAGGGGUUUCAGGAGUCACAAGCCAUGGCAUGCAAAUGCCAACAACAAGCCUACCUUAUGGUAACAAUACUUCUUCACUUAGUGAUACAUCUCAGCUGUCAGAUGCAGGCAAAACACCAGUAAGCAUCUUAAAAGCAACACUUUUAUCAGACUCAGGUAGAGGAGUUUCUCGUGUUGUAACCACACCAGCUUGUAGAAAGGAGUCAGAGUCCCAUUUUUCAGCCGAUUUGAAUCCAGUACUCCCUCAUAUUAAUGUAUCAAGUGGGUUAACUGGAUUGCUUCAGCCUUUAAGUGAAAAUUCUCAGGGUGAUAACACUUUAAAUCAAGAGAACAAGACACUGGUUACUCCUCAUGAAACACCAUUAAUGUUUUCUGGUGGAAGUGUUCAGCAAUUAAGUGCAGGUACUCUCGUAGAAGAUGUACAGGGAAAUCUAAAUGUCACUCAGGGAGCUUUCCCAGUAAAUACAAGUCAGGAGGCUGAAGUCCUUCCACAAGUUAUUUUAAUGCCAAGUCAAGUGCAAAUUAGUAUUCCACAAGUGACUGCUCCAGCAGUUAACUUACCUCUUGUAAUAGGUGCUGUUGUGUCCGAGACUAGCACACAGUCUAAUGAAACUGUCACAUCAGUCCCGACUAGUAUUAUGGACGAACAGAAUCCAAAUCGUCCAGCUUUACUUUCUGCUAAUGUGUCAGAUAUGGUUAUGCCGUCAUUAAAUUCAUUGGAUUCCAGUAGUGCAAAUACUAAUAUCAUAGGUGUCCCUUACACAGUACCGCUUCAUACUGUUGAAGGAAAUAUUGAUUCUAGAAUGACAGCAGUUCAGCCAGAUGAAAUAUGUUAUGCAAAUAUACAAGAACCUUUAGAUGUUGUUCAGCAAGCAUUCCAGUCAACUCUGCUUGAUAUAGAAGAUAAGCCAUCCAACAAAAUGUUUGCUGAGAUUGCUGAAGAAUUGAGUAAUCAGGAUUUCUGUUUACGUCUUCAGGAGACAGCAGAAGUACCGCAGGUAAACACAGCAGAAAGUGAGGCAAGUAUGCAAAAUGUCCCUCUUUUCACACUUGACAAGACCAAUAUCACACCAGCUCCACCCAGUGCAGUUCAGCUUGAUCUCCCUGCAAAUGACAGUCAAAAAGAUUCAUCAUGUAGUACUCAGCCACCACAAUUGCCUCCUGUGCUUUUACACUUCUUAGAGCAAGAGAUGCAGAGUGAUGCAGAAAAUAAAGAAAAUGAAAGUCAGAAUGCCACAAAAGACAAUGAGGUUGCUAGUGACACAGAUAAAUCAGGUAAUGACAAUGAAGGGAUUUCAGUUUGUAUGGAACCUCAUUCUAAAGAUGCCUUUCCCAAUGUAGUCAUUCCUGAUGUUAAAUCUGUUGCAGAUGUACCUACACAGUUGGAAGAAAAAAAUGCACAUCUAGCACAUACAGGUACAUCAUCACCUUUCACACAAAACAUGCAUUUAGCACAAGUAACCACAGUAUCCAAUUUAAUGCAGGAAACCCCAAAUUCCAGUAUAACAGUUACAAAUCAACUCCCUCAAGUUAGUUAUUCAACUGCAACCUCACACUCAUUAGAUGUAGGUACAUGCACUCUCCUAACCCAGGUGACCACAGCAUCACAACUAACACCUUUGAUCCCACACUCUCAUUUGACUCAGGCAGCCACAGCUCCACUCUUGAUGCAUACUAAUAUCAAUCAGCAUUUAACACAGUCACCUCUAGUUUCACAUUUACCUCAAAUAAGCUCAGACACACAGCUAUCCCAAGCUCCAGCUUCUUUAAUGCAGACAUCUGAAGCCACACAAAUAGCACAAACCACUUUAGGUCCAGAAUCUGCUCUAGGUCCACAGGUAGCAAAUAUCUCUUCUUCCCCUAAGUUAGCACUUGGGGCUUCUAAUUCACAAGUAACACAUACAUCGUUGACUUCACCCAUUGUACAGGCAACACACACUUCUUUAACUUCACCCAUUGUGCAGGCAACGCACGCUUCUUUGACUUCACCCAUUGUGCAGACCACACAUACGUCUUUGACUUCACCCAUUGUGCAGACAACACACACUUCUCUGAUUUCACCCAUUAUUCAGGCAACACAUGCUUCUUUGACUUCACCUAUUGUGCAGACCACAUAUACUUCUUUGACUUCACCCGUUGUACAGACUACACAUACUUCUUUGACUUCACCCAUUAUGCCGACAACACACACUUCUUUGACCUCACCCAUUGUGCAGGCAACACAUACUUCUUUGACUUCACCCACUGUGCAGGCAACACACACUUCUUUGACUUCACCCAUUGUGCAGACAACACACACUUCUCUGACUUCACCCAUUGUGCAUCUUUGA